GCCGCGAAACACGCGCGCCGCGGUGCAAUCGUCGUCGUGCUCUCGUCGCGCGCGAAUCGCAAACGUCCCGUUCGCGUACAACAGUGUCCACCGAUGCUUUGGAAAAGCGUAAACAAUACGCGAUAAAAAAAAAAAAAAAACGAAAGUCAACAAAAUAUAAUUUUUCCGUCUCGCUAUUUUUCAAACAAAAACCAAUCGAUUCACUGGCGAUCACUGCGUAGGUAUUUAUAUAAUUAUAUGUAUAUUCGUUGCCGACUUAGCUUGAGUUGUGACGACGACACGGCGCGAGUGAACGAGCGAGCGAAACAAGUUCUAACGAAAACGGCAUUUGCUUAGGUUUUCGAAACCGUUAGUCGACCACCCAUGAGUUUCGUGCAUGGUGCGUGCUCGCGCGUCGUCAAACCGUGUGGCGGACGGCACGGAAAACGAGGAGUUCCACUUGUGGCGGCGGCGGAGUUGACGGUGUUUUUCGUGGUGGUGAACACUUAGAGGUGGCUAUUCGUGCAUCUAGUUACUGAUGGUUUAGAUGACAAAAUGCUUCAGAGAUCACCCUCAUCUAGAAAAAGACGUGCAAUCAACAAUGAUACACGUCGGACAAGCGUCGCUUUCAAUCUGGAAAAUCAGUCGACGAGGCUUACGGAAGGCGGACGACAGCAGUCAUCGCCACAACACAGUGGGCAACACAGAAGAGCUAGUAUUGCGGCCACAUCACCAUCGGAUGGUUUCGAAAUGCGGCAACGGACUAGAAUAUCACCUGAGGAAGAAUUCUUUGAAUAUACGCAUAAACGAAGCCCCAGGCCAAGUUUUGUAUCUGAAACUAAGGUACAGUACAUCGACAAAAGUCCUAGAAACAGUCUGGUUCCAGAAAUGUCACGAAGCCCGCGAGCCAGUUUGGUACCAGCUGACCACAGAAAACCACCGCGAUUGUUACCAGAAGAACAACAAGAUUCGUAUACACGGUCUAGUCCGUCGAGGCUAGAAGUUGAAGUCAACCGGAGUCCAAGACAUAGCCUCACGUGUGAGCACCCUGAUCCAAGGAGUCCGAGGAGUCCAAGAGGCAGCAUGGUGCCAGAAGAUGAUUAUUCAGAAUUGAGAUCCGGAUUGCGGCUAGACGUGGAGAGCUUUAACCGGAGUCCGAGGUCGAGUACAGCCGGCUUGGACACGGCAAGAAGUCCAAAAAAUAGCUUAGUGCCGGAACCUAGUCGAUCACCCAGAGGAAGCAUAGCGUACGAUUUAAAUCGUAGUCCUCGAGGUAGUUUGGCAGUAACACCUGACACAAGCCGUAGUCCUAGGGGUAGCCUGAUACCGGACCCCGGGAAAAGUCCUAGAGGUAGCGUAGCGUCAGAAGGUGCAUAUAAUAUGAGUCGGUCAGCUAGGAGUAGCAUACCGAUGGCUGAUUCAGCUUCUUUGGGAAGAACUCCGAGAGGAAGCAUUAGUUCAGUAUCGUGUGUUCAUUUUGAUCCACAGUUGAAAUCUACUCGAAAUUCAAAGGAGCCGGGAAGUGGAUCUCCAAAAGGCACUCUGAAAGAUACUCAAAGAAGUUCAUCACCACAUAAGAACGCACAGUAUUCACAAAAACAGGGGUUUCCCGAUGAUUCAAGGAGAGCUAGCAGUAGUGUGAGCCAAGUUUCCGGUGACGAGAGGAAACGUCUGUGCGAGCAUGUGAAGCCUUGCGACAGUGGCCUAACCGUCUAUGGUUCGUUGACAUAUCAAUUGAACCACGCCAACAUGGAAUCGACAGGCAUAUUCGAUUUUAUUAUUAAAGCGCUGAGCAUCAUACACAGAACGGUGAUAGUGACAGUAAUUUUGUCCAUUCUAACAGUGGUGCCUUUAAUCAUGUUCGUUGUUGGUGUCCAGUUCGUGCGCGACUGCCCGCGGGAGCCGCAUAUACCGGUGUACAUGAUCGUGGGCGGCAUAUUCGGCACGAUCAAGAUGGUGUGGCUGCUGUGCCGGCAAGUGAAGUCGCUGCGGUACAACAGGCGCCGGCGGCCGGACAUGGGCACGCGCGAGGACAUGGUGUCGUCGAUGGGCUCGCGGAUCGCCGCCGUCGGGCUCACCGCGUUUCUGGCCGGCUGGUUCGCGCUCGGCAACUACUGGAUCCUGUCCGUGUACUGGCCCGACUCGGAGCCGUCGUCGCUGUACGAGCCGAACGUGUGGUGCAACCGCACGCUGUACGUCACCAGCCUGGUACACCUGGUGCUGGUGUACGCGGCCGCUGCGGCCGUGCUCGCGGCCGUCGUGGCCGUGCUGGUGUUCCAGCAGUGCGCGCUCCGGUUCAAAUAGCAUACGGCCACCACCGCGGCGUGCGGGUGCGCGCACGGACACCAUGGCGGCCGGCGCAUGACCGUCACCAGCAUAAUGCCGUACAGCGCCAUACACAUCAGCGUCACCCGGCCCGCCGACGAAUACCGAUUCGGCCGCGACGUGGCCUUGUGAUCGACUCGCCCGCACUAACCUCUUCCGCCACCACCCUCCGCCUUGCCGCUCUUCCGCAGUCGUCCCUUCGGAGAACGUUGGUUCCGGUUUGUGCGUCCGCUCCACCGCCGACCGGUUCAACUACCCUUCCCUCCACCCCCGGACACGGUUACCUUUUCACCAGGAUCCGGAGACCGUCAAAUAUCAUGCGCGAUCGGUGCGCGAAGCUCCUAUUCCGUCGCCCGUUCCCGGGACCUACCCCCGAACUAUCAUAAACGUUCCGAACAACAAACGCGCAUGCGCGUUCGUGUCAAUUGGAUCAUAUCGCUAAUGCUUCACUAUACAUUCCGUAGCUCGACCCAAAGAUACGACUCACCCUUGUCCCCGGUUCGGUGUUCGAUCGUUUUUGUUUUCAUAUCCAAACGCCUCUCUAUCUUCCUUGUGUUUGACGGUCGUGCCGACGUCAGCGUCAAGUUCGACAUAUCUAUUCGAUUUCCAAUCGCGCGUUUCACGCGGAACGCCGGUCCACGUCCUUACGUCGACCACACGCUUAAGUCAUGCAAUCGCAUCGUGAUCGAUCGAUCUCCGAAACGCCAUACCGUAUUGUUUUGCCCUUUGUUUUUUUGUUCAACAGGAAACACGAUUUACCGUAUUCGCCAUGCAGGUAAUGGUGUACCAUCAGAUUGCCGUAAAUAUAACAAUACUCGUGUACACAUGUAUGCGUUUCGCGAUGCAUCCCACGCGCAAUCUACAUCGAAUAUCAACAUUGUCAGGUAAUCUAUCAGUCAAUAUGAUAACUUAGUGACAGUUCGAGAUCCGUUGCGCAUUAACACUGCACGGUAAUACCGUUUUAAAUAUGCAUUAUCGGAACGAAGAUUUAGGUAUGCAAACAAAAACAGAUGGUUUGAUUGAUAAUUUUAAUACUUAAAGAGCGUGCGAUAUGAAUGUAUAGAAAACGAGACGUGAUAAAGAUAUCAUUUAAAAAUACAUAUUUUCUCAAUAGUAAAACGAAUAUCACGUCUUUUUUUUUUUUUUUUUCGUCUUCUUCGUACAUGUUAAUAUGAAUAGGGAAAAGUUGACAAAAACUCUACUGUUACUCAUUCACUGCCAAAUAGAUUCUUAAAGAUGAAUAAAAUUAAAGACAAGACAUAUCGAUCACAAUUAACUCUCGGGCUAUUUCUUCGUUUGUAAUCGGAAAAAUAAAUAUUUAUCGAUAUUUUAUUUCUUUCGUAAUUAAUUUAAUAAAAUUAAGCAUUUUUAAGAAUUACAAAAUAGCGUUUACGUCAAACGAAUGAAAUUUAUACGAAAUUCAUACGUGUUUUACCUGUAGAAUAUCGUACUGAAAAAAAAAAAACAUGCAAAUACAAGUAGUCUUAACCCUAGAAAUAAAAGUUACGCGCGUCGUGCACAUCAUAAUGAAGACUCGGUUGCAGACAAAUGUUCGUGCGGCGAGACAAAAGACAAUUUUGAAAUUCUGAACCACAGUUUUACAAGUACGAAUAUAUGUUUCGCCGUCGGUACUCGAGUCACUAAUGGACUAAGUUCUUAUUCCUAUUCGAGUUUGAUCGUCAUUACAAAGUUAUAUAAAUUUAUAUGUAGAAUAUCUCCAAGUGUGACCGUAUUUAUCUGUGAGAUUGCGUGCAAGCAAAUCUCCAUUCAUUAGUUUUCUCAUUCGUCAUGCUCCAUUAUCUUCAUUACUGUUUUUUUUAUUGUCUACAUUCGCUUUUUAUUCGUUGAGAUCUUAAAGAUCUUACCCAUUUUUAAAUCCUUGAGAUUUCACUUGGAAGUUCGGUACGUAAAACGUGUCGAACGAACCAAAACACUAAAAAAACGUUGCAUUACGUUUCAGCGUUAUGCUGAAAAUGACAUUUCAUAUUUUUUCAUAUUGAUUAAUAACUUCAUUAUAAUUACAUUAUAUUACAUUUUAUAUAUUGGAUUGUGGUAUUAAAUAAAAUGGUUUAAAUUUAAAUUUUAUUACUUUGAAUGUAAAUAUAGGUAAAGAUUAUACUUAUAUUGAAGCAAGUAUUAUAUUACUGUUAUUAUACAUGGUUAUAUCAUUAAAUUCGAUAAAGUAUGAUAUGUGGGGCUGAGUUUCAUUGAUAAUCAAUCAAGAGUUUAGAGUUAGUGAAAUAUACGUAGGUACUAAUACUUUAAUUUCUUUACUUUUUUUUUCAAAUUUGCUUAAAACCACAAUAUUUGGAAAUUUAAUUAUCAGAAGUCAAAUGUACGUUAAUUUUCUUACAAAUACUUAAUAACAACUUUCAGGAUAGCAUAAAAAUACUUCGAUAUAAUUUUCAAAAAAAAAUCAUAAAAUCGUAAAAAUAAUCAAUUUUGCUCACAAAAAAAAUAAAAUAAAAAAUUGUAAGCAUAAGUUUUACAUUCACGCUACGUAUGUACGUAGUUGAAAUAAGUAGUUUAAAAAAUAAUAAUACUAUAAUCUAAUCUCUAUUUUAAUUAUUAUUACACAUUUUGAAGCUUUUUAUAUUGUCAUAUUAAAUGUAUCCAUCUAUGAAUGGUGCGAUCGUUGUGUCUGUGCACUUAAAAUUGUAAUAUCGUAUACUUCCCGAGGCUUUAAUACUACUUAGAAUUUAUAAUUAUUGUUGUAAUGUAUAUACAUAAGCAUUUAAUAUAUUUAUACGUGUAUAUGUGUUAUGAAUAUAUGUCUAUGAAUAAAAGUAUAUAUCAUGAUAAAUUAGAAUGGGUUUCGAGUUGGUUAUAAAUUAUUGUUAUUACUUAAAAUAAAACUACCCACAUAACAAACGAGUAUUUAAUGUGUGUAAAUGGUUAUACAAAGGUUUAAAUUAUGAAUCAUCAAUCGAGUUAAUGUUAAUCUAACUAAAUUAAUGAUAUUUAAUUAUAUGUACUUCUUAAUUAUGGAUUCAACUAUACCUGGAUAGAUGAUUGUUCGUAGAUCGCAUAUUGAAGUAAGCAAAUGUAGUAUAUAUUUUUGUAUAGAUAAUUUCAAUUUGUCGUUAAAUUUCAAUUGGAAACCGUUUCCCAUUUUUAUUUUAACUUUCCGUACGACGCACUAAAACUAUCCGAGUAUAGAAUUAUUUUGUAUUGCACUUAACAUGUAGAUUUUGAGAAAGUUUCAAAAACUAAUUAUAACUACACGUCAUGCGUGAUUUGAAGUAACGAAAGUAUGCUAUAAUUAAAAUUUAUUAUUCUGUCUUAAAAUUAAUCAAGCAGAUGUAUCAAAAUUUAUCUACGACGCAUGUUGUGAAACGUUUUGGUUUUUGAUUAUGAUUAUUUUAUUAUUACUAUGACUUUUUAACAUUAACCUAUGUGUAGCAGUCAUACACCCAAAACCACAACCUUCAAUUCCUACUCCUCAAAAACUCCCUUCGUGAACAUUCUGUUUAAAAUUAAACAAAUUAAAACGUACAUAGACUUCAAUAUUUUCAACACUAAAAAUGUUGCUGUUAAACAUUUUUUUUACAUAAACAUUUUUGCAUAUAUCGUUCUAAAAUUAAGAUUUUUCUUAAUGAAAUUACCACGAGCACAAGUCUUCCGGGGAAUAAUAUCUUGCAUGCGCUAUUGUCUCAUAGUAAUACUAAUUUACGUUCCGUUUACGUUCGUUUUACUUAAAAAACUUCAAUUAGCCUUUAUUAACAUAGAUGUUUUUGAUUAUUUACCUACUACAAAAUCAUCAC